AUGUGUAGAAGUUUCGUAGUCCUAAUCUGCUUUUUAGCAGCGGUUGAAACAGUUUGGUCAUCGGCUGAUCCAAGAGGGACGAACAGAUUGCACGGUGAGACGCGGAAUGAGCAGGAUGAACGAGUCCACUUUCGUGGUCGCACAAAGCAAACAUCGAAAGGACAAUCGAAGGACAAAGACAACUCUCUGAACCUUGGAAACAUUCUUUUCGAUCGGGAACAACUCAAAAAGUACGUCCUUGAUUAUUUGUGGAAACAUCACGCGCGCGAUCCGGAAACAGAUACAACAAUGAACAAGGAGGAGGGAACAUUCAGUCAAACUGAUAAAAUACAAUUUGGUAACCAUCACAACAGGUUGGAACCCAGCGCAUCAAGCACAAAAUCAAAACAAAGGCGCGUGCAAAAUAAUAAUCGCCAGGAACACAUAAGUAAAAAAUCAUUUCAUCAACACCAAAGUCAUACAACACCUAAGCAACGCACGUCAUCAUCAGGACAAACGCGGUUUCAUUCAUAUCAACGAGAUCACCCAAAGCACUGGUUGUCCAAAAAGUUUCACUUGCCUGUCUAUUACAGUGUCAAGGAAGUUAAUGGAAAGGAAAACUUUAUUUUGGACCAUCCAUUAUCUUCUGAUUCUAAAUCAAGGAAAAGGAAAUCAAAACUAGGAGGAAAGGAGUCGAGAUAUAUUGAUGGUCUGACUGGUGACAAAGGAAAUAAAGUCGCAAGAACAUUGCACAGCCAUAAGGCUGAAAAGAGGGAAAAUUCUCUCUCAGAAAGAUCAGAUACACAUUCAUUCCCACCCUCUCCAACACAUAGGAAAGCGACUGUACAGAAGAAUAAGAGUCACAAAAGCGGAGGAUCACAUCACAAAGGAACUAAACUUAAACACCAUUUAAAUGAUCAAAAAGAGGGAAAGAAUGGUUUGAGACAUGAAAAAUCUAAGAAAUCCAAGAAAUCUAACAAAAGAGAUUUUAUUGCAAUACUCCCACCAAAGGAUGUAAAGAUUGAGGGCUUUGAUGUAGAGAGAGUUCAUUCUCAUUCAUCUCAUGAGAAACGGAAAACAGUUGGAUCUAAAAUCAAAAGAGUGAGGCAUUUGAAAUCGCAAAAAAACCUGGAGGUGACAUCUGUGACAAAGGACGUUAUUAUCAGGAAAAGUAGCGCCUCAGUGAAAUCUAGUAAUAGGAAGCACGGCCGUAAAGUUGCAAAGAUAUCACACAGGAUUGAUCAUCAUGAUGCUAAGGUUACAAAAAGAAAGGAAUCGCAUUCCAGGAAAAUGACCAAGGAAACCAAGAAAAAAAGAAGAAAGAGCCAUUUCCAUAAAAGCUCUAAGGAAUAUAAAGCCAUUAGGAAAAGUUUUGUUGGCCCCCCUGCAUCUAAAAGUCACCCACAUCUUAACAAAGAUAAAAAGCACCAUCACAAACGUGAAAAAUCAAUUGAGCAUAACGAGAAAACUUCAAACGGCCAUAAAAGACACAAAACAGCUAAAAGUAAAUACUCUAAGUCGAUGAAAUUUUCUCCUUCUUGGAAAUCUCUCGACAGAAGAAAAAUUCCAUCUUGGUACGACGAGGCUAAGUUUGGAAUAUUUGUACACUGGGGUUUGUAUUCGGUUCCAAGCUUUGAUAAUGAAUGGUUCUGGUACAACUGGAAGUCGUUAAAGAAGAAGAAAUAUGUGGAUUUUGUUGAGAAAAAUUAUCCUCCGGGAUUCAGCUACAACCAGUUUGCCCCAAUGUUCAAGGCGGAAUUUUUUGAUGCCAAUAAAUGGGCCAAACUGGUGGCCCGAUCAGGGGCAAGGUAAGAAUUUUGCUUUAAUUCACCACCUGCAGAGUGAUUUAUUUUGUCACGAUUUUCUUCUACUGUGCUUGAACCAGGACUUACACCCGAGAAGACGGCUUAGAAUUUGCACUUGGCAUGAACGCACCCUCUUAUUUACCAUGAGUUGCAAUUGUAGAAGUCGAAAGAUUUCGUCAGUAGCUUUCAAGUGAUGGCUGUAAGGAAAUUUAACUUUAAAUUGUUGAACAAUGGCCACCUAAUUUUCAUCUCGGGUUUGCCUUCUCAGCUGGUCUGGUGCUACUUUUUUCCAUCGUUCUGCUUUAAACUCCUCUACCUCAUUUUUAAUUGAAACAACUGGAUGAUGGUCAAAUCAGCCAUUAUAUUUCAUCAUUGUUGUUCCAGGUACUUUGUGUUUACCAGCAAACACCACGAAGGCUUCACAAAUUGGAACUCGAGCGCGGCCUGGAACUGGAACUCAGUCGAUGUUGGACCUCAUAGAAAUAUUGUUGGUGAGUGUUGAAAACUAUAUAUGAUUUCUUAAAUGCUUUCUGAUUUUAAAUUUACAUGAAAGUGCAAUUAAACAAAAAGAUCGUAAUUUUAGACCCGCUAUUGAUAUAUUCAUGCAAAAAAAAAAAUCUUCGGGUGAACUGCAUUUAGUUGAAUUGUCUUAAGGAAGCCUGAACAUUUUCAGGCUUUCACGUGACUCAAACCCGUCUUCCAUAUUUUUUAUGGGUGGCAUUACCAACUGAGCUACGAAGCUACAUGUUGGGUGCGAGGCAAAUUAAUUCUAGUGGGUUCUUUGUUCUCGUAAAGGAAAAAAAAAAAGAAUACAAAAAAUUACGACUUAUUAGUAUGAUUGUGACCAUAUUCCGUUACAGUGAUAUAUAUAACACACAUUACCUGGUGUGAACUCAGCAGCUUUUGAUCAGUGGAUUGAACAUACAACUAAGACUGAGUUUAACAUACCAAAUUCGUGAAUCGGUUAUAAGCGUAGCCAUUUUUGUGGGCGAUUUAAAAUUUUUGUUUUUUUAGAUGAGCUUGCAAGAGCUUUUCGUAAUCUGGAGGACCCGCAUAUAAAGUUUGGUUUGUACUACUCAUUAUUUGAGUGGUUUAAUCCUCGCUUCUUAAAAGACAAAGCCAAUGACUUCAAAACGGAUGGGUAUGUUCAGGUACGUGACCUUUCCUCUAGAUUUACUACGUAUGAACUGUUUGAGUUACUCGCACUAAGUCGACAUAAGUUCCCUUCCGCUUUGAAACUCGUGAAUUACCAUGGAUAUGCAUGCCUAGCUCUUUAGAUGAGCGUUAUAGACGAACGGUGACAAUAGUAGCUUUUCCAACUUUCCGUAGCAUGAAGCCCUGAACUAAAUGAGUAUUCACCAUUCAGUUUCUCUAAACAACUGAAGAUACUAGUCUAAGGAAGGUAUAUGGCCACAAACCUUUUCGUCUAGGUUUCUCCAGAUAGGUUUGUGGUAGCUAUCAGUGCAUAUCCCUUGUUGUAGGAGCUUUUUAAGGUUAUCCAUUCACAUUAUCAGAUCAGUUGAUAAAACCAAAUCCUCGUUUAAGAGACGAACUGCGAGUGUUUAGCUUCCUGCGAAGAAACGCAGCACAUGUGAACGUGACCUGACCAGCCUCUUAGUCGAAAACCGCCAAAACCCUUUAAGAUAAUGGAGUUUUGAAAAAUUUUCUCCUUCACCUGCUCUUUUAUGGUAUACUAAAGAAGAGCUAUUCGCCUCGGGUUCGCGUAGAUGAUAUGCCUUGGCUAGAAAGUUCUCUGUGUUUCAUCAGGCUGUUGUUAAGCCUCAGUUGUACAACCUUAUCAAUACCUACAAACCUGAUUACCUAUGGUCUGACGGAGAUUCGGAGGCAAAAGCAUCAUACUGGAGAAGUGAGGAAUUCCUAGCGUGGCUCUUUAGUGAAAGGUGAGUUUUUUAACUGUGGCAGCCACGGUGGACAUGAUAUAUUGGCUUAACUAUUAAAUAAUAAAACAGUGGAAAGCAUUGAAAGAGCGCUCUGAUUGGCUACUCAAAAUCCGAAUAUCCUUUGCUUUUCACCUCCGCGCAACUCGCGCGGGAUUUGUGCCCAAAAAUGUUGUAAUCGUUGCAUGAAUAAAUGAGAUAAAAUCAUAUUUUUGUGCUAUAAUAUCUCACUGUUUUAGUAUAUAAUUAAACAACUAUUCAUCACAGUGUAGGUGGCUGGCGGUAGACAUUUACCUCGCCACCUCAACACCUCGCAGCUGGACAAAUAUUCACCACCAGCCACCUCCAGUUCGGUGGUUAGUUGUUAAAUAUCACGAGUCUCCCAUAAAGCUUAUCAAAUUUAGUAAAGCAUCCGAGCUACGAAUCAGCAGGCGUUAGAAGUUCUGGAAUCUGAAUUUCAGACUAUACUCGUUUCUAUCCGUCACUGAAAUAGAUCAUCUCUCAUUUAAAACAACAGGCUGAUGAAAAUCUAUCACAGUUGACAUGAUAGAUCGAAAAAUCCUUACAAAAAUCCUUAAAGCUUUCCACCGAUAAAUCUUAACAGAAAGAAUUAGCAAUACAAGGGUUUAGGUUCGACUCCUUUCAAAGGUCAUUUGUCUCUCUCUAAAUCGAAAAAUGAAAAAAGAAUCGUUGAUCGACCAAUUGUUGUCUGAGUUUCUGAUAGGAAAAAUGAAAUGGUUGCAUAGGAAAUUCCUAGAAGGAACAUAGUCGCUGAAUGAAAAUGUGCAAAGAAGCCAUAUAGUAGAACCUUAAGCUGUGGUGUGGAUUAAUAUAAAUGUAUAAGAACACUUUCCACAUUUCUUUUUCAGUCCAGUUAAAGACACUGUUGUAGUAAAUGACAGGUGGGGGCGUGGUUGCCGAUGUCAUCAUGGAGGCGUUUACACUGGGCAGGACAGGUAUAACCCUGGUGAGUGCAAAAACUGAAAUUCCUUAACUGAUAAUACAAAGAUAUUAAUACAAACUAUAUUUAUGACACAAUCAGAAAGAGAAAGUAUCCCUCACAAAAUGUUGGCAUUGUUGAGUCUAUGAUCAACCUUAACCAAUUAAUGCAUAUAAUCACUUUCUGAAAAACUAACGUAAAUUUAGGGCCAAAAAUUAAGUGAGAUAAAUAUAUUUGACAAUACCUACCUCUUAGAGAACAAAACAAUGUGAGGCCACAACAAGAGUGAAUAAAAUGUAGAGAAUGGGUCCUGCACAUAGCACUCAGUUUGGAAGUGUCUAUCUUUGAAAAUUAUUCUUAGAUAAAGAAGACCAGGCCCUAGUUGUUUAGAGUCUGGAUAGCGCUAUCCAGCGGAUAAAUCGCUAUCCAGCCGAUUAGUGUCAACUGCACUAUUCAAAGGAUAGAGAUUUAUCCAGUGGAUAGCGUUAUCCACCCUUCCAACUCCUGGAACCAGAUGGUUAGGAUGUGGAAAUAAGUUGAAAUGGUUCGUGUUGAUUACAGGCAAACUCCAGAAGAUGAAGUGGGAGAAUGCUAUGACAAUAGAUCGUCGUUCCUGGGGAUUUCGACGAGAAGCAAACCUGAAAGACUACCUCAGUAUUGAAGAAUUGAUAAAACAGCUGGUCUCUACUGUCAGGUAAGUGAGGGGACUCAGGUGUUGCAUCCGCUCGACCCAAGUGAGCAUAUCAUGUGUUUAACAUUUUCAACCGACUGAAGAAAAAUACUUAUUUCGUCUGCUUUUAGUCGUCUUCUACCUUUGUGACAAAUAGUUCGACUUCUUCCAUAGCAUUUUAUUCUUUCAUAAUCUAAGGACUUUAUGGUUGAGUAAGCACCAAUAUCAGAGUUUAUUUUGGGCGUUUCCGACUUCCAUAAGUGUCAUUGUUACAAAUUAACAACUCUUCAGGGGUUAAGUUAAAUUUUUCUUCUUAGUGAUAGUGAGAAGGGGUUGCGCUCUUGAACUGUUUAAUCGUUUAAAUUAUCAACAUUUAAAACCAAACAAGCUAACGAACGAUGGUUCUUACAAAUACGUAUCACUCCGUCAGAAACUAUUUCCUGCAAAAUGUAUUAGUUCAAUAAACUGAUUUUGUCAAAAUCACGUUUAAGGCUAUGGCACAAGGGACGAUGUGCUGAGACGUAGAUCACUGUAUACAUAUAUGCUCCCAUAAAUGGGACACAACGUUAGACAGAAACGUUAGAUAAACAUCUUUAGCGUCUAAAGUACAAUCUUGACUAAGUGGUUGACGUACAUACUUCACAGCAACAGUAAAGUAAACGAUGGAAAUCAUCAAUAUUACCAAACGGAAAGAACUUGACAUAACAGAUGGAACAAAGUGCCAACUAUUCAACCACUUAAACACACAGAAACAGAAAUAAAAGUAGAAAGGUGAUCUUUGCAGGUGAGAAGUAAAAAAAGAAACUUCAGACAACACGACUGCAAAAAAUUCUUACUUCCACGGGAUUUGAACCCGUGACUCUCUGAGUUGGUGGCAAGUACCAACUGAGGGAAGCCAAAUAUUGGGAGCAGGGUAAUUUUUAGUAGCUUCUACGUUCCCGGAAAUUGAGAUCCAAAAAAGAGAUCAUUUCUAAGUCAUAUAUCUCUUCUUGGCAGCUGCGGCGGCAACCUGCUCAUGAAUGUUGGACCAGCAUCAGAUGGUACGAUUGCGCCGAUUUUUCAGGAACGUCUCACUCAGAUGGGAGAUUGGUUAAAAGUGAAUGGCCACGCUAUUUACAAAACCAAACCAUGGCGAGCUCAAAAUGAUUCGGCUAACGGCGAUGUUUGGUAAGAAAUCUUUAGCGUAAAUGUAGGUAACAGACAAUUUUUCAGUAAGCACGAUUUCUGUUUUUCGUGUAUCUAUCUCGGAGCUAUACUCUACUCUACUCUAAACUCUCACGCGUCGAACCAAAACUGUUGUUGUAUUUUCCUCUCGCCUGAUUAAUUGCUUCUUGUGUCCGAGGAUGUUUAGAUAAUUACGAAACAGAUGACAGCAAAAGAAAAAAUCUGCUAGGUCUUCAGGCUUCUCCUGACUUUGUCAAACCGGAAUCGGCCAUCGUUCCCAGACCCUGUUCAGGAAAAGAAGCAAGAAAGAGCGCUUAGAUAUUCUGAUAUGUUCAAGAUUAAAAUUAUUCGUGCUCAUUUCCCACUCAUUAGGUACACAUCCAAAGGAAGCCACGUUUAUGCUAUUGCACUAAAAUGGCCAUCAUCUGGUAAACUGGUUCUUGGAGAUCCUAUUUUCACACCUGACGAAACACAGGUCAGAAUGCUGGGAACAGAAAACGAUCUCAAAUGGAAGCAUGGAUCAAAACACAAGAGUGGAAAACGCAAAAUAGAGAUACAUGUUCCAGUUACUCCUUUGUCAGAGCUCCCCUGUUUGUGGGCGUGGGUUUUUAAACUAACAAACGUAAGGUGA